GCCAAUUCGGCUCAACUGAACGUAGUGUCCCAGCGUGGGUGUCCACGCACUGGCCAGGCUUCGAGGCCAUGGGUCUUUGGAUGGCGCCUUUCCUGGUGGCCGCAGUGGCCACUGAGGUGGCCGAGAAUGCCACGCAUCUGCUGAAUCUCCAUCUGGCCGCCAGCGUCGAUUCAGAGUGUUCCGACACGCCAAGUGUGUCUCGCGCAACAUGCCUCGGCAAAAGCAAAUGUAUGUUCCUAGAGCUGGAGAAGCGCAACCUGUGCCUCCCUUGCGAGUGGGCUGGUCAAGCGUUGCCCUGUGUUCCUCGGAACGCGGCCUAUCCACAAGGGCGAGUGGAAAGCUGUGAGAUGAGUUGUGAGCACCAGCAGAUGGUCUCCAAGGUCUCUGACUGUACGGAUGUCAGUGGCGACAUCCGCCAGGAUGACUGCAUGGCCAAGGGCAAGAGCGCAGGCGUCUCCUGCAUGUGGACGUCCUAUACGCGCAAGGAUGGCACGCGACGCAGUAUCUGUGGCCCAUGCAAGGUCGACGGCUUAGGCACCGUGGGCCGUAGCGCUCCUGGGAGCUAUGGCCCCGAAGCUGGGAGCAUUGUGGAAGCCAGCUUCUCGCAAUGCGAUGCGCAACAGUUGGAGGCCGCAAAGCCCUGCCUGGAUCCAUCCAAAUGCCCCAAGGUUCUUCCUGCCAUUCCUCCGCAGCUCAAUGAUGCACCCGUGGCCAUGUCCGACCUCACUCGUUUGGGGAUGAAUACCACGGCGGAUGCACCGGAAUACUUUGCUGCGCCCGUGUCGCCACCCUACAGCAAGGAGGACUACCUGGCCGCCGCACAGGCGGCUGCGCGGGCGGCCGGCUUCGCUGCACCGGAGGCGUUGAAGGCGGUGGAUGUGGCCAUGAAACGCCCGGCAUCCGCCCCGGUGGUUCCCGACGUGAAGGAGCAGCCCGUGAAGCCCCUGCCGGGGCUGCUGUUUCCCAUCCCAGCCUUUCAAUCUCCCACCGGUGGUAUGCUGGCCGAACCUGGGGAGUCCUUCCGCCCACGCAUGACUUUAGUCCAAUCAAAGAGCCGCCUGAGACGCGGUCGCACGGCGCCAGUGAUGUAGCCCCGUUUCCUUUUGGCGCAGCGAUGUGCAGGGCAGCAGAAACACAAAAAGGAGUACGGGC